AUGAGUAUUCGCCUACAGCCUCGCAGGAGACCACAAGGUAAGCGAUCCCCAGGUAAGCUGAAUGUUGCCUUGUUGUCUUUGCCCGCUCACCAUCCUCAUUUCAGCAAUGAGCUAGCUCAAAGGCUAGACAACCUUCCUAUCGCUGCCGCCGCCGACGACCCCGCCACUGCCGAGAACGCCUCCGUGGAGAACCGCUGGUGUCAACUGCGAGACACGGUCCAGUUGACGGCGCUCGCCGUCCUCGGUCGCGCUCCCCGCCAACACCAGAACUGGUUCGACGGCAACGACGCCGCCAUCAGAAAUCUGCUUGCUGAGAAGAACCGCCUACACAAAGCCUACGUAGAUCACCCCACUGAUGCCACCAAAGCUGCCUUCUACCGCAGUCGUCGCCAACUUCAGCAACGACUGCGCGAGAUGCAGGACGCCUGGACUGCUCGCAAAGCUGAGGAGAUCCGAGGCUACGCGGACCGCAACGAGUGGAAGAACUUCUUCUCUGCGAUCAAAGCUGUCUACGGUCCGCCGACGAAGGGCACCGCUCCUCUCCUCAGCGCCGACGGCAACACUCUCCUGACUGAGAAGACACAAAUCCUACAGCGAUGGGCCGAGCAUUUCCGAGGCGUCCUCAACCGCCCUUCCGUCAUCUCCGACGCCGCCAUCGAGUGUUUGCCGCAAGUGGAGACUAACGCGGACCUCGACCUCCCGCCAUCUCUCCAGGAAACGAUCAGGGCCGUGCAGCAGCUCUCUAGCGGGAAAGCACCCGGAUCGAACGCAACCCCUGCUGAGGUCUACAAGCACGGAUGUCCCCAACUCAUGGAUCACCUGACUGCGCUCUUCCAGGAGAUGUGGCGUCAAGGUGAAGUCCCGCAAGAUUUCAAAGACGCAACCAUCGUGCAUCUCUACAAGCGCAAAGGGAAUCGCCAAGUCUGCGACAAUCACCGCGGCAUCUCCCUGCUGAACAUCGCCGGGAAGAUCUUCGUCCGCAUCUUUCUCAACCGCCUCAAUAACCAUCUGGAACAGGGCCUUCUGCCGGAAAGCCAAUGCGGCUUCCGUCGUCAUCGUGGGACCACGGAUAUGAUCUUCGCCGCCCGCCAACUUCAGGAGAAGUGUCAGGAGAUGCGAACCCACCUGUACUCUACCUUCGUGGACCUGACGAAAGCCUUCGACACGGUGAAUCGUGAAGGACUGUGGGAGAUCAUGCAGAAAUUCGGCUGUCCGGAGCGAUUCACUCAGAUGGUGCGUCAGCUGCACGACGGUAUGAUGGCGCGAGUCACGGACAACGGAGCUGUCUCAGAGGCAUUCGCAGUGACCAAUGGAGUGAAGCAGGGCUGCGUACUGGCGCCUACCCUCUUCAGUCUUAUGUUCUCUGCCAUGCUGAUGGACGCCUACCGCGACGAACGCCCCGGGAUCCGCAUCGCCUACAGGACGGACGGUCACCUGCUGAAUCAACGGCGGAUGCACUUCCAAUCGCGCGUAUCCACAACCACCGUUCAAGAACUCCUCUUCGCCGACGACUGCGCCCUAAACACUACCUCGAAAGAGGAGAUGCAACGGAGCAUGGACCUGUUCUCCGCCGUCUGCGAGAACUUCGGUCUGGUCAUUAACACGCAGAAGACGGUGGUGAUGCACCAACCGCCACCCAACUCAGCCACAGUCCCCAACGCGCCGCCGCAAAUCAGCGUGAACGGAACCCAACUGCAAGUGGUGGAGAACUUCCCGUACCUGGGCAGUACUCUCUCCCGCAACACCAAGAUCGACGACGAAGUCGCCAACAGGAUCUCGAAAGCCAGUCAAGCCUUCGGUCGCCUCCAAAGCACAGUGUGGAAUCGCCACGGUCUUCAGCUGAGCACGAAGCUGAAGAUGUACAAGGCCGUCAUCCUGCCGACACUACUGUAUGGAGCGGAGACUUGGACGGUGUACGCAGAGCAGGCACGUCGUCUGAACCACUUCUACCUCAGUUGUCUUCGUCGCAUCCUGAGGCUAAAGUGGCAGGAUCGAAUCCCCGCCACUGAUGUGCUGGAACGGACGAGAAUCCUCAGCAUCUACGCCAUACUGAGACAAAUUCAGCUGCGCUGGAGCGGCCACCUGGUGCGCAUGGACGACGAGCGACUACCCAAACGACUCUUCUACGGAGACGUCGCGACGGGUUCUCGCCGUCAAGGAGGCCAGAUUCGCCGUUACAAGGAUACCCUGAAGUCCUUCCUGAAAUGCCUGCAAAUCAACCCGACCAACUGGGAGGAGCUCGCACUCGAUCGACCGACCUGGAGGAGGACAGUGAAGACAGGCGCUGCGAUCUACGAAGCCAACCACAUCGCUGCCGCCAAAGCGAAACGCGAAGCCCGCAAAUCACAACUUCGCCCAGUAAGCAACGCCACCGCACAACCGCUUCCAACGUGUCCUCGAUGUCAACGGACAUUCCGGGCUCGAAUCGGACUUGUUGGACAUCUUCGCAUCAACUUCGCCACUCGAACGGCACCAACCAUCGUCCCCCCGCCUGCCUCUUCCUCCUCCUCUCCGCCGCCAACUAACCCUGACCCACCACUUCCAUCAUCCUCCUCCUCCUUCUCCUCCUCCUCCUCCUCCUCUCCCACUGCUCCAACGGCGGCCGCUCAAGCGACUGUCCCGCGCACAGCAACCGACACUACCAUCACCUCCCCCGACUCCAGGGAUGAGGAUCAGGACUACACCUGCCCUCACUACGACCGUACCUUCACCUCACACAUCGGCCUGGUCGGUCACCUGCGAAUCCAUUGCACAGAGCCUGGCGAACCAGUGCGUUAA